GAGAACUCCAAACAGUUGAUUCGAAGAUGGCAACCGCACUAGAACUAAGUCCCACCGAAAUUCGCGGCCUUUGCCAGCGUUAUUUGCAUCAGGAUGUUCCCAAUUCGGAUACGGGAUUUGAUAUAGUCAGUUAUCAGUUGAGACCCACAUCGGAUGCACCGGCUGGAUAUUUGGGUAGCCACUUUUACCUACAGGUCACUCUGCAGCUACACAAUCCCGAGGAAAUCAAACAGCUGACCUUCUUUUCGAAGGCGGCUCCCGAAGGUAAUGCCUCGCGGAUGGAAUAUUUGGAGAAUUUCGGGGUGUUCCAGAAGGAAAUCGCUGUCUAUCAGAACGUACUACCCGAUCUACACAAGGCCUGCGCCGAAGUUGCCCCCAAGUGCUAUUAUGCGGAUAAGAAUCUGCUGGUUUUCGAGAAUCUUGCCGAUCAGGGAUAUCGAAUGGGUGCCGGUCGCGAUGGUUUGCUAACCUACGAACAGCUCCAUUGUUGCCUGAAAACAUUGGCCGCCCUGCAUGCUGGUUCCAUUAUUCAAGAGCAGAGAACGGGUCGAAAACUAACAGAAUCGCAACCAAAAUCGGUAGUGGAGAAUGCCUAUCCCACUGAUGUAACACCAGAUCAUCUGAGAGUGGUGAACUUUAACAAUGCCUGCCAGGUGAUCAAGGAGUUCAUCAAACUGAUCCCCAAAUAUCAAUCGAACUUGGACUAUAUAUUGGAGAACUUCACUGAAAGGAUGUCCUACAUUUUCGAGGCUGUCAAGACCUCAGAGGUGUAUCAGAAUACCAUACUCCAUGGCGAUUUGUGGGCCAAUAAUAUUAUGUUCCAAUAUGGCAAAUAUGGGGAGAGUCCUCUGCAGUGUCGCCUUGUGGACUUCCAGUUGGCCAGAUAUGCCCCACCUGCUCUCGAUGUCCUGACCGUACUCACUAUACCCACAUCGAAGGCAUUUAGGGAUGCCCAUCUGAGUGAACUUUUAGCGGAAUAUUACCGCUUUAUGACAGAGUUCCUGAAGCGAGCUGAUUUGGAUAUAGCUCGUUUCUUACCCGAGCAGAGUUUCUAUGAAUCCGUGGAGGAAUACCGGAGUAUUGGCUUGAUUGAAAGCUGUUUGUUCUGCCAUUUGGUGAUCCUUCCACCUUCGUGCACCCAGAAAUUGACCAGCUCCGCGGAUGGCUUCAGUGACUUCUUUAGUAACAAACGCAUUGAGAUUUGUCUGGAGGCCUUCAACACAGAUGAAUUGUACAGGAAUCGCUUGGUGGAUAUGAUCCAAGACUUUGUGGAUAAUUUUGUGUUGAAAGAGAAGAAGUAAAUAAGUCAUAUUACAAAUAAUAUUUUUAUUUUCUGUUUGAAGAAGGCCGAAACCAUUGUACAUAAUAAUAUUAAAGAAAAUGUAAAUAAAAACUAAAGGAAUGUAAUAUAAAAUUUAAAAUGUAUGUAGGUAUUAAAAACAUUUUU